AGAACUGAUUCAUUGUAACACUAUGAAUGCUUCGGCCGACCAGGAAUACCAGGUUGUCAAAUGAAAGAUGGUCAUGUUAACAAAGGAGACUAUGCAAGCCACUGCACUGGUGACUGCAAAUUACAGUGACAUUAUGUUUAUCAUAAGAAGAAGAUAUUUUUCAUUAUCCUCAACUGAAAAAUUGAGAAAAGCGAAAAGAAAGAAAGUAAUAGAUUUAGCAGCCUAUCCACCAGAGAAGAUACGUAAUUUCGGUAUUGUGGCCCAUGUAGAUCAUGGCAAAAGCACCCUGGCAGAUCGACUUCUCGAACUGACAGGCGUUGUUGAUAAAAAUAGCCAUGUCAGUCAAAUGCUUGACAAAUUACAGGUCGAACGGGAACGUGGUAUAACGGUGAAGGCGCAGUCAUGUACUAUGGUUCAUAAGGAUUACAUGCUGAAUUUAAUCGACACUCCUGGCCAUGCUGACUUCAGUUUCGAAGUUUCUCGGUCUCUUGCUGCUACAAAUGGAAUUCUGCUUCUUGUUGCUGCCAAUCAGGGUGUAGAGGCGCAAACGGUGGCUAAUUUUUGGUUAGCAUUUGAAGCCGGUUUAACAAUUAUUCCAGUUAUCAAUAAAAUUGACCUCAAGAGCGCUAACGUCCCACGAGUAAUAUCACAGAUGCAGAAUUUAUUCGAUUUUUCGCCAUCCGAAAUACUUUAUAUUUCUGCCAAGAAUGGUACUGGUAUUGGCAAUGUCUUGGAUGCCAUUGUUGAAAGGCUGCCACCACCCAAAGUUGAGUUACAUUUACCUCUUCGUGCACAUAUCUUUGAUUCCUGGUAUGAAACUCAUCGUGGUCCAAUGGUUUCCGUUGCUAUAUAUGAUGGUGCGAUUUUGAGGGGGCAGAGAAUACGAACUUAUCAUACUGACUGCGUAUACGAAGUGUUGGUGGUGGGCAUCAUGAGUCCGAAUAUGCAUGAAGUUGAAUGUUUAUAUGCUGGCCAAGUUGGUUAUCUCUUAACAACGAUGAAAUCAGUAAAAGAUGCUGUUGUUGGAGAAACGUUAUACGAUGUAAACAGUGAGCGUAGUAUGGUACAACCUAUACCUCUAUUAACGCCCAGUGCGCCGUGCAUUUACGCUAGUAUUUACCCAACAGACGUGAGAGAAUAUAGUGCCUUGCGCGUUGCGCUAUACAAAUUGGCUUUAAACGAUUCAUCGGUGCAAAUCCAACAUGAUAGUAGCAUUGCGUUGGGCAGUGGUUUCAAAAUUGGUUUUUCAGGACUUCUACAUAUGGAGGUUUUUUGUGCUAGAUUGGAACAGGAAUAUGAUGCUAACGUUACUAUAACUGCACCUAGUGUCGAAUAUCGCGCUGUCAUUAAGAACAAUUCGACUAUUAUAAAAAAAAGAUACAACGGUCAGCAUGUUAUUCGUCUUUUGGAUGCUAGUGAUUUCCCGGCUUAUCCCAGCGACAUUGAUCAUUUCUUAGAACCGAUAAUAAAGUUAACACUUUUUUUAUCCAGUGCAUACUGCGAGUAUAUAGAAAGAUUAUGCGUUGAUGCUCGUGGAGAACAAGUGGCUAUGUGACAUAUAAUUACCAAUGGGAUGGCUUUCAACAAGCAAAAAUUGAAUUGCUUAUGAUAUAUAUCAACGAUCUUCCUGUUUAUGAAUUCUCAGAGAUAAUGCCUGCAAAUCAAGUCAAAGCAAGAGCUAAAGAAAUUGUGAAGAAAUUACGAGAGGAGAUACCUCGUCAGCAGUAUGAAGUGCGAAUUAAGGCCACUCUUGGACAAACAAAAAAGGCGCUAGCACAAACAGUUAUUUUACCAAUCAAAAAAGAUUUUACGGGUCGAUUGAAAGGCAAUUUAGGAGGUGGUGGUUGGGAACGUUUUUGUAAAAAACUAUCGGAUCAAAAAAAAGGAAAGGAACGGAUGAAACAACUCGGUCAAGUACAAAUCCCCAAAGAAGCAUUCAUUAAUGUACUGCGAAGGUCGUAAGGCUCACUUGAUUCUUGUGUUACUGUGGAAUGCGUUGAAAAAUACAGUUUUGGCCGACAUGCAAUAAUUUUUAGGUGGAUGAAAUCGAAAGUAGGGUUAUUUCGAUAAUAACAUCGGAAAUCGUCCCCGUUAUUUUUCGAGUCGUUUUGUUAUAACUGAUAUGAUCUAGUAGUGCUUUUCUGAUAUUUAAUUAAUAAAUGUGAUCUGCUAUCCUUCUUGCGUUAAUUUUUUCUUUUUUAAAUUGCCAUUUAAGUUUAGUUGCAAAACAAUCAUUGGUUCUGACAGUUUCUUUCCUGUCCUGUAAAUAAUAUUAAUCAUGCAGAUUUGCUAUUACAAAUAAUAAAUGUUGGGGAAUUUCGGUUUCGGAUUGCAGUAGAAGUUCCAAUCUCUACAGUUUUUUGAGGAAAGUUUCAUCCAGUUUGCGAGAUUCUUUUGAUGGCGAAGGGUUCAUAUUAAUAUUUGAUUUAGUAAGGAAUACUUUUAGGAAGGAUGGUCUACAGAGACUGACAGUUGAAGGGGGAAAUUGUUCACCUGUUUAACUGAAUUAUGUAACCAAUAAAUUGUUGUUUUGUGAACCGUUUUUGUCUCAGCGGAGAUCGUAAUCUUUAGAUAUUCUAUAUACUGCGAAGGCGUGUAUUUUCAUAUUGUGAUGAGCUGAAACAUCAGCUAUUAGUGUAAAAAGAAAAUGUGG